GGCACACCACCGACAGAGGAAACUCUCCUGCCAAAGGGACUGUGCUAAAAAGCCCAAAUAAAGGAGACGAUGGCAAAGAAGGUGGCUGUGAUUGGAGCAGGAGUCAGUGGACUGAUCUCUCUGAAGUGCUGCCUGGAUGAGGGUCUGGAGCCCACUUGCUUCGAAAGGACUGAAGAUAUCGGGGGACUGUGGAGAUUCAAAGAGAACGUGGAAGAUGGUCGAGCAAGUAUCUAUCACUCUGUCAUCACCAACACCAGCAAAGAAAUGUCCUGCUUCAGCGACUUCCCAAUGCCUGAGGAUUUCCCCAACUUCUUGCACAAUUCUAAACUCCUGGAAUAUUUCAGGAUUUUUGCCAAGAAGUUCGAUCUUCUCAAAUACAUUCAGUUUCAGACCACUGUCGUUAGUGUGAAAAGACGCCCAGAUUUUGCCUCUUCUGGGCAGUGGGAAGUUCAUACUCAGAGCAAUGGCAAGGAGCAGCAUGCUGUCUUUGACGCAGUUAUGGUUUGCAGCGGCCAUCACAUCCAACCUCACCUGCCGCUCAAGUCGUUUCCAGGUAUCGAGAAGUUCAAAGGCCAGUAUUUCCAUAGCCGCCAAUACAAGCACCCUGCUGGCUUUGAGGGGAAACGCAUCCUGGUGGUUGGGAUAGGAAACUCAGCCAUAGAUAUUGCCUCUGAGCUGAGUAAGAAGGCCUCACAGGUGUUUAUCAGCACCAGACAUGGUGCCUGGGUCAUGAGCCGGAUCUCUGAAGAUGGCUACCCUUGGGACAUGGUGUUCCACACUAGAUUUAGCUCCAUGCUCCGAAAUGUCCUGCCCCGUACUAUCAUCAAGUGGAUGAUGGAGCAACAAAUGAAUCGAUGGUUCAACCACGAAAAUUAUGGUCUGGUGCCUCAAAACAAAUACCUUCUGAAAGAACCUGUUCUGAAUGACGACCUCCCCAGCCGCCUGCUGUACGGACUCGUCAAGGUGAAAACCAAAGUGAAGGAGCUCACGGAGACAGCUGCCGUUUUUGAGGACGGCACGGUGGAGGAGGACAUUGACGUCAUUGUCUUUGCCACGGGCUAUACUUUCUCUUUCCCGUUCCUUGAAGAUUCGCUUGUGAAAAUGGAGGGUAACAGCGUCUCGCUGUACAAAUACAUGUUCCCCCCUCAACUGGAGAAGCCAACCCUUGCGUGCAUGGGGCUCAUCCAGCCUCUAGGCUCCAUCUUCCCAACUGUGGAGCUGCAGGCACGUUGGGCGACAAGAGUUUUCAAAGGCUUGUGUAGCCUGCCCUCAGAGACAACUAUGAAGGUGGACAUUGUUGAAAGGAAUGAAAAGAAAAUUGACCUGUUUGGAAAAAGCCAGAGCCAGACACUGCAGACCAAUUACAUUGACUACCUGGAUGAACUCGCCUUGGAGAUAGGUGUGAAGCCAGAUUUCGUCUCUCUGUUCUUCAAAGACCCUAAACUGGCUGUGAAACUCUACUUUGGGCCCUGCAAUUCCUACCAGUACCGCCUAGUUGGACCUGGCCAGUGGGAAGGAGCCAGGAAUGCCAUCCUCACCCAGAAGCAGAGGAUCCUGAAGCCCUUAAAGACCCGCACUCUGGAGCAUCCAUCCAGCAUCCCAGCAGCUUUCCUGCUCAAAAUCCUGGGGCUUUUGGCUGUUCUCCUGGCCUUCUUUUUCCAACUUCAGUGGUUCUAAUCUGUCAGCAUGACGCUUUUGUCCGCCAGUGCCUCUCAUUCAUCAGUGUGUCUUUGCAAAAACGACUGAAGAAAUGACAUCUACAUUAGAAUUUUUACAAUUCAGGGGAACAAGUGGGAGAAGGAAUUGUAGGGAGAGCAGAAGAAUUAGGUCUAGAUAUAAAACUGAAAUGAAGGUCUUGGAAUAUCUUUUGCAUUCUACUCUUUCCUCAAAUUCAUCAGUCUCCAAAUAGUAUUAUACAAUAACACCAACACAGGUAGACAGUGCUUCUAGGCACAGCAGGUUUCAAGUUUUAUGGAAAAAACAAAUUAUGCAGAAUAAAAAGUAAGUCAUAGCUGGGCGUGUUGGCUCAUGCACUUGAGAGGCAGAAAGUAAUUGAGAGACCAAGGCAGGCAGAUCUCUUUGAGUUUGAAGACAGCCUGGUCAACGUAGCAAGUUCCAGAACAGCGAGGACUACAUAGAGAGAUCCUAUCUCAAAAAAAAAAAAAAAAAAAAAAAAUCACAUAGGUUAGUUCACUGAACAAUUUAAGUUUAAAUUGUGGUAACAUUUCAUAUCCUACCCACUGAGCUCCAGGCUAUUUCUAUGCAGACUCUGGUCACGGUUUCCAAGUAUUAUGGUCUGCUCUGUUGGCUUGAUGAGGGAUCACUCCGAAAUGCUGGUGGGCAAAACUGAGACGACAGAACAGAAACACUAAUGCAAAGAUGGAAAUAAUAUACCCUAGCUACAACAUAGAGUUAGCUGUUAUAUCUCCCAGAUUAGACGUUGUGCUAUGUGUACAUCAUAUAUAUUGCCUUAUUUAGUUCUCACAGCAACUAUGAAAUGGGUAGAGCUAUGAUACCCAUUCUAUAGAUGAUACUACGUGACAGACAGCUAUGGAGCAUGCCCUUAGCCACUGGCCUUGAGAUGAAGCUUCAGUUGGAGCCCAGUUCAUUGAACCCUGAAACUAAAGGUCAUAACCUCACCACGGAAUAUACUUAUUUGUUAAAAUCUCUGCUCUUGAUAAAGUACUUACUAGUAGUUUAUUCUAUUCAUUAUAAGAUUAGACAAUAAUUCUAUUCAUUAGCAUAAAGUUUUCUAAAACCAUUGUAGAAAAUGGCACUUUGCUUGCAAAUCCGUCUGACUAAUUUUAUUUACAAUAUUAGCUCUCUAUUUCAGCUAGAUUGUAAAUAACACAUGAGCUGGAUGCAAGGUACAGACCUUUCAUCCCAGUACUCUGGAGCCAGGUGGAUCUCUGUGAGCUUGAGGCCAGACUGGUCUACAUAGCAAAUUCUGGGCCAGCCACGGCUAUAUAGUGAUACCCUGUCUCAAAAGGAAAAAGAAAUUGAAGAGAUCUAAAAUGAGAAAUAUGUAUGCAGUAAUACUUAAAAUAAUGAUCACAGUUUGAGAAAAUAAGAAUUGAACUAAAGUAUAUCUGCCCAACCGGCACAAAAUGUUCCAGAGGCUGAGCCUGUGUCCAGGAUUAGCAUUACAGGUAAGCAGGGCAAAUUCAGCGAUGUAUUAUCUAUGCCAUCUGAUGAAAGGGGGUGUGUCAGUUGUGAGAGACAUUUCCUUUGAACUGAAAACUAAAGGAGACACAAGCAAUUGAUGCCAACAAACAUUGAGCAACAUAACAAACAUCAAGCCAUGGACUCUCCUGAGAGAAUUCUUUUCAUGAGCCGCUCUGUGGGAGAUGAGCCCACACCUGGAGACCAAAUCAGAGUCCCUGAAGAGAGGACAAAGGUUGGGAUAUUGAAGGCAUAGGUAAAUAGUUCUUUGUCCCUCCGAACCCUCUAUGAACACUAUUCUUAAACCUCAACCAAGCUCUCGUUCUCAUCCCCCCACUCCACUGCCUUCCCAGUUUAAUGGCAAUCUCUCCCAGUAGAAAGAGCUUUCUUUAAAGUCCACUGAACUGGGCUUCAGAAUCUGCCCAGCUGGUAACGUGUUUGCCUUGUAAGCAAGAAUCUGAGUUUGAGCCCCAGAACUGACAUUAUAAAGCCAGGGGUGAUGGCAAACACUUCUAAUCCCAGCACUGGGGCAGGAAAUGAAGACAGAUUCCUGGGGAUCCCUGGUCAGUCAGCCUAGUCAGUUUUAGUGAGUUCCAAGCCAGUGAGACACUCUAUCUCAAAAAAACAAAAGUGAGCAAUGAAUUGCCUGAGGAACGAGACCACAGUCUGACCUCUGAA